GUUGCUUUGCUUUAUUCCAUCAGAUCUAACCACUUAAAAAAAAAAAAAACAUCUACACCCUUUGCAUAUAUCAAUUUUUAUUUUUUUUUCAUUGCCUAAUUCUCCCUCUCUUUGAUGAAGAUCACAAGCAGACACACAACCAUCAACAUCUUUCCCCUUCCCUUCCUCUAUCUCUCUCUCUCUCUUUCUCUAUCCCAUGCAUGAAACCAUUGAAUUGAGUAUCUUUGCCUCUGCAAAAGGAAACUGAUAUCAACCACCUCUCCCACAAAACUAUACCACCACAACUAAUUUUCUUCCUCUUCUUUCUACUUUUCUGUUCCCUUAAUUUUCUGUUUCUUUCCUUUUUUUUCUUUUUUUCUUUUUUUUUUUUAAUUUCUUUUCUCAAAAAUGAUGUCACCGGAUAACAUGCCGGCUGCAAAGCCCCCGCCGCCGCCGCAGAAGCAGCAGCAGCAGGCGGCUGGAGUGAAAGAUGAGAACCAAGGUUCAAGCAGUGGCCGGAAAGCGGCGUCGACGACGAGACCGCCACCGGAGCAAAUCCUCAAGUGUCCUCGAUGUGAUUCUCCGAAUACCAAGUUCUGCUACUACAACAACUACAGCCUAACGCAGCCGAGGCAUUUCUGCAAGACCUGCAGAAGGUACUGGACCAAAGGCGGAGCUCUUCGCAACGUGCCCAUCGGCGGCGGUUGCCGGAAAAACAAAAAGGUGAAAUCUUGUUCGUCGUCUUCUUCCAGGCUAUCCGGAGGAAGCGAUUCCAGAGAUUCGAGUUCUUGUUCAGAUAUCGGCGGCGGGUUGAAGUUCUUCCAUGGCAUUUCUCCGGCAAUGGAUUUCCAGCUUGGUGGUCUUUCAUUCCCUAGGCUUCAAACAAGUACUACUGCUGCUGGUAUUUAUAAUUACAAUUAUAACCUCCCGCUUUCUUCUUUCGGAGAUUCAAUCAGCAACAACGCUUCUUCUUCAUCUUCUUCAUCUUCUUGCUUCAAUCUUGAGUAUCAAUCUGCUGCUGGAACGUCGAAUUCUUUGAUGGGUUUCAAUUACCCUCUCUCUUUAGCUACAGGUAGUGGUGGUGGUGGCGGUGGUGGUGGUGAUAGUAAUUUUAAUGGUGCAAUUCAGAGCUCCAUGAACGUUCGUAGUAGUCUUGCUUCAUCUAUAGAGUCUUUGAGUUGUAUAAACCAAGACCUUCACUGGAAAUUACAGCAACAAAGGCUGUCUAUGUUAUUUGGUGGUGGUGGUGGUGGUGGUGAUUCGCUGACAACUCAGAAAGAUGUCAAUGCUGCUGCUUCUUCUCUCGCUCUUCUUGGAAACCAAACCACCCAGAAAUCGUCUUCUCAGUCGUCGUCUCCGAUUUUGUUUCGGAAUCUGGAUGUUUCGAAACCUCAUGAGGUAUGUACUGGUAGUACUACAACUGGUCUUCAACAUCAAGCGAGAAAAGAAGUUUCGAGUAGUGGUGAUAAUACAGCUGCUACCGAAUGGUUCUUCGGGAAUUCUUAUGCACCACCACCACCAGUGACUCCUACUCCUACAAACAGCAACAGCAAUGGGAAUGAGAAUGGAAACAACUGGAAUGGAUUUCAGGCUUGGAAUGAUUUGCAGCAAUAUAGCGCUUUGCCCUAGGAUAGAUCAGGAAUAUCAAAGGAAAAAAAAAAAAUCAAGGUAGUACAUUUAAAGAAGGUGGAUGAAGAAAAAAAUAGGAAACAAAAAAUAUAUUUUAAUGUUGAAAUUAUGUAACACCAAAUUUAGGCAUAUGUUUUUGUUUGUUGUUGUUUUUGUUUUUUGGGUUGGUGCAUAUGCAAUUGUAAAAGUUGGUUAACGAAAGUUUAAAAAGAGAGAGAGAGAGUGUGUGUUUCUUUCCCCCCCUUGAAAAUUCAUGUGUGAUUAUUAUUAUUAUUAUUAUUGAAAGUAUAUUAUUAACCAACAUGUAGCUCAUCAAUGGUCUAUC